AUGGCUGCAUGCUUUAUGAAAACCAAAGACAGCUCUGGGUCUGGAGAGUUUAGAGGACAGACAUCACUAACAUCGCUGCUGGAAUGUACCUCUGAUAUUUCCUGCCACCUAAGACGUUUCUUUCUUUCAUGGGAAAAUAUUUCCGAGUACCAGCUAAUUUUGAAUCGAGCGGGCCAAUUUCAUCUAAGCGAAGGAAGUAUUGCAGAAAUGUGUUUCCUCGGCACCGAGGAAAAUUGGGAACAUACUGGAAAUGCCCAACAACUGCUUGCCAGUACCCUGAUCACAAGGGAAAACAAGAAGCGGUAAAAGGAGACCGAGUUUUCAAUGUGCAGAUGGGAAGAGAUAUAUUUCAAGAUUUCGGAGUUACUAUUCCAGUUGGAUCACGUAAGCAGUUUUUCUGUGAUAUAAAAUAA